AUGGCGUUUUCAGAUGUUAGUGCAGAGAAUCCAUUGUUGUCAUGGGCGAAAGAUGGUCUCUUUUUCUGUGACACCUAUGUGGUGACACGAGUCUCCUGGGUCUGCAGGGAGCUGCGGCCUGUGACUAUGGUGGUUGACAUUUGGAAACCUCGACUUCAGAAGCUCUGCCACUUUUGGUCUCUGCGCUGUUUGGAAAAGUGUUGGAGAGAACAAUACUUGAGGCUCCAUCGCCCAAGAUGGGAUGGGGUCUAUGUGGGUCAGUGCCAGUAUCUUCACAAGGUUCGGCCAGGCUCGUCAUUGACCUACAAGGGAAGUUGUGUUUGGGUCUCCUACCGCCGCUACAUCAGAUUGUUCCCUCCCAAUGAGGAUGGAGAGCUACGCGCACUGGUCUUGCAGGAUGCAGCACCAAUGGAUAUGGCUCUAUCUCUUCUCAUGAGCUCGGACAUUGCCUGCCCCAGUGUGUUCGGCAGGGGAAAGGAGUCCAAAUCACAUCUCGAGAGGAAGAUUGCUGUGGCAUCCUAUGAUUUCCACCUUGGUCACGUGAGGCUCAAGUACAACAAUGAUAACGGACAGUGCAACCUCACGUUGAAGGUUGCUCACUCCAAAAAGGGCUACUUCUCAGAGCAGCUAAACUGGGUUGAUUACACUCUAAGUCGACCUGGUGAGGAUGUGACUUGUUUUGACCUGGGCCGAAAUGAAUGGGGUGACCCGCGGAACCCUUCUUGUGACCAUUUUCCGCCCUUUGUGCUGCACAGGUCAAACAAUCCCAGUGCCAUGGUCACUGUCGAGAUGCGCGCGCGGGACAAGGUGCAGGACCUGAAGAUUAAGGCACAUGAGCAGCUCUCCGUUUGGACGCGCCUUUGCAACGAGCUGGGGGAGCAGGAAGAGCUGCCGCCACUGAAGAACUGCAGGCUGAGCAGGAAGGUUGAUGAGGGGCGGCUCCCCGAAUUUCUGGAGGACCGCAAGCGACUGGGGCAAUGUGGACUGGAGAACGGGGACGAGCUGCAGCUGGCCGCAGACGUGCCACAUGAGGCAAUGGAAAGCAGACCGCGACUGCCAUCCACAGUGGAUGAAGAGACAGACAUGAUUAGUCCCAUCGUCACUCUGAUGGUGACUCAUCACUUGGGCGAGGUCAACAUUGAAGCUCGUCGCUCCGAAACAGUGCUCUCUGUCAAGAAGCGCUCGCUUGAACAACUGGAAGUGUGGUGUCGUUUCACAGACGUUUGCAACGAUGGUAAUGAUGCCAUAGCUGCUCUCCCACCUUUAGAGGCAUCAAAGCUCUACGCCUCCGGAAGUGGUGACGGUGUCCUGAUCCCUCAGCCGCUAGAGGAUCGCUCUACCCUUGCUCAAUGCGGGCUGCAGGCAGGUGCCAAGCUGUUUCUGAGGGCGACUUGA